UUUUUUUCUCCUCCUGCCGGAGGCCUAAUCCCCACGUCUCCGCUCCGCCUGUCCCUCUGGCCAGCAAUUUGGGUCUUUGGUCGUACCCCUUGGCCCGUCUCUUCCCAGGUCACUAAGCGCCUGCAGGGCUAGAAAGGCGGGACUUUUUUUCAAGGCGGAGGAACACAAAUAAGUUACAGACUUGCAACUUUUUUAAGAUGGGGAAAGUUCCUUCUACGUUGAGCCCGUGGCAGUUUUUCUUCUUCUGCAGCAAAACUUAAAAGAACUGUGCGGAUUUUGCACCAUUCAUUGAGGAGACGGGACCGCGCCCUGAAGCGCCCUCGGUCGCUAGGGAAAGAGGUUCCUGACUGACAAGCCAGCGCUGGGCCAGGAGGGCUGUGCUGGCUCGAUCUGGCUGCGCGCCGCUCGGGAGGGCCGGUCUCACCUAAAUUCGUCUCCCGGCCCCUCCCCUAGCCCUGGCGGCCGCCACACUAAGAUUGGGCGGAGCCCAGAGAGGCCGUUAUGAAGACCCUGAGAGCCAUGGCCAUGCAGAAAAUCUUUGCUCGGGAAAUCUUGGACUCCAGAGGCAACCCCACGGUGGAAGUCGACCUGCAUACAGCCAAGGGUCGAUUCCGGGCAGCUGUGCCCAGUGGAGCUUCCACCGGUAUCUAUGAAGCUCUCGAAUUAAGAGAUGGAGACAAAUCUCGCUACCUCGGGAAAGGGGUCCUGAAGGCUGUGGAACACAUCAACAAGACCCUCGGUCCUGCCCUACUAGAUAAGAAACUAAGCGUAGUGGAUCAAGAAAAAGUUGACAAAUUUAUGAUUGAGCUGGAUGGAACCGAGAACAAGUCUAAAUUUGGAGCUAAUGCGAUCCUAGGCGUGUCCCUGGCCGUGUGCAAGGCUGGAGCAGCUGAGAAAGGGGUCCCGCUCUACAGACACAUCGCAGAUCUGGCAGGGAACCCGGAUCUGGUCCUCCCAGUCCCUGCCUUCAAUGUGAUCAAUGGGGGUUCCCAUGCUGGAAACAAGCUGGCCAUGCAGGAGUUCAUGAUUCUGCCUGUGGGAGCCAGCUCCUUCAAGGAAGCCAUGCGCAUUGGUGCCGAGGUCUACCAUCACCUCAAGGGGGUCAUCAAGGCAAAGUACGGGAAGGAUGCCACCAAUGUGGGUGACGAGGGCGGCUUUGCACCCAACAUUCUGGAGAACAAUGAGGCGUUGGAGCUGCUGAAGACAGCCAUCCAGGAAGCUGGUUACCCUGACAAGGUGGUGAUUGGCAUGGAUGUUGCAGCAUCUGAGUUCUUCCGCAAUGGGAAGUAUGAUCUUGACUUUAAGUCACCUGAUGACCCUGCUCGACACAUCACUGGGGAGAAGCUGGGAGAUCUGUACAAGAGCUUCAUCAAGAACUAUCCUGUGGUCUCCAUUGAGGACCCCUUUGACCAAGAUGACUGGGCCACCUGGACUUCUUUUCUCUCGGGGGUUGACAUCCAGAUUGUGGGGGAUGACCUCACAGUCACCAAUCCCAAGAGGAUUGCCCAGGCCAUUGAAAAGAAGGCCUGCAACUGCCUGCUGUUGAAGGUGAACCAGAUUGGUUCAGUGACUGAAUCCAUCCAGGCCUGCAAACUGGCUCAGUCUAAUGGUUGGGGGGUGAUGGUGAGCCACCGCUCUGGCGAGACUGAGGAUACAUUUAUUGCUGACCUUGUAGUGGGACUCUGCACAGGACAGAUCAAGACUGGUGCCCCUUGUCGCUCUGAGCGUUUAGCCAAGUACAACCAACUCAUGAGGAUUGAGGAGGCUCUUGGGGACAAGGCUGUUUUUGCUGGACGUAAAUUCCGUAACCCAAAGGCCAAGUGAGAAGAUGCAGGACCCGGACAUCUUUGGACAGGCCCAGGCCUUCAAGCCCUUCCUUCUGAAAUAAACACUGGUGCCAAACA